AUGAUGGAGAAGUACGAAAGGCUGGGGAAGAUUGGCGAAGGAUCCUAUGGGGUUGUGUUCAAAUGUAGGAAUCGAGAUACGGGACAGAUCGUCGCUAUCAAGAAGUUUUUCGAGACCGAGGACGACCCACAAAUCAAGAAGAUUGCACUGAGGGAAAUCAGAAUGCUAAAGCAACUGAAACACGUGAAUUUGGUGUGCCUCAUCGAGGUGUUCAAGCGAAACCGGAAGCUGCACCUCGUCUUCGAGCACUGUGACCGGACCGUGCUGCAUGAUUUGGAGAAGAACCCGAGCGGGAUCCCGGAGGACCUGAUCAAAAAGGUCAUCUACCAGCUGUUGCUGGCCGUCCAAUUCUGCCACGCCCACAAUUGCAUACAUCGUGACGUGAAGCCGGAGAAUAUAUUGCUGACGAAGAGCGAUGUGGUGAAGUUGGCCGAUUUCGGUUUUGCACGAAUAAUUAAUAAUACCGAAAUGUACACCGACUAUGUAGCAACAAGAUGGUAUCGGAGUCCAGAGCUCCUAGUCGGAGAUACCCAAUACGGUCCUCCGGUGGAUAUUUGGGCCAUUGGCUGUGUGUUUGCGGAAAUGAUAACCGGUGAAGCCCUGUGGCCCGGGCGGAGCGAUAUCGACCAACUUUACUUGAUUCGUAAAACGAUCGGUGAUUUCCUCCCUCGCCACCUGUCGAUAUUCCGGUCGAAUCAAUUCUUCUACGGCCUCACCAUACCGGAAGCCGAUUCUGAAGAGCCGUUGACUACGAAAUUACCCAAGGCCACCAGCACGCAGAUCGACUUUUUAUUGAAAUGCUUCGACAUGAACCCGGACAAGCGGUGGUCCUGCACGGAACUCUUGUCGCACGACUAUUUUAAGGGUUAUCAACUCCGAAUCAAGGAGGAGCCGCUCACGCCCACUGCUAAAAAGUCGCCGCCCUCGAACUAUCUACCGUACCUCAACGGGGCGCAGAGCGACGCGGCGCGGUUCGCGAUGAAAACGCAGCCGGUGGCCCGCGAGACGAACAACAACCUCAACUCACAUCGCAACUAUUUGCCCACCAUU